AUGGUUGUUGAGUUAUUAAAGAUUGAAGUUGGGAGUGAAUAUCGGUGUACAACAUUCAGACACAAGAACGACGACGCUUCCAACCCGAACCUGGAGGACGACGACACCAUGGCCCGCCUCAGUCGACUUCUCAGCUCCUCUUGCAUCACCCCUAAUCGCUUGGCCCGACAAGAUGCUUCUGCCAGGCGCACUAACCUCAGUAAGUACCUGGGUGCCAUAGAGACAAUUCAAGCUAAUUGGGUGUUUCCAGGCGCAUGGAGCCCUGAACCUUGCAAGACACAAAACCCACCGAAGACGGCCCCGGCUUCGGCCAGGGUCCGAACCCUUCGUACGAGCAGCCCCAAUUUCCCCGACCUCAACGCCGAUGGUCUGGAGUACUUAGACCUAACCAACGAUGCCUCUGAAUCCUCCGACUCGCUACCGUUCAACAGCGAUGCGAAACUCUGCCGCGAAGAUUACGCAUCUCGACCCAAUCUAGUGGCCUCGAGCGGUAGAAAGAGAAAGAGCAGUGAAAUCAGUGAGGAAGAAUUCAACGACCUAGGCGAUUUCCUAGCCAUCUACGAACUUCCUGGUACCUAUUCUCCCACCUCGAGCCUUGGGAAUCCAUCCGGAACACGUCGACGAGACGGAUCUCGCGGCAGUCGAACACGCCGAACCCGCGAUGGCUUCAAAAACCAUCUGUCAACCGAAAUUUCACCCAUCAGUGUGGAGGGCGAAGAUGAAAUACUAUUGCCCUCAAGAUAUGUACACAGCCCGCUUGCUCAUGAGCAAUCCCCUCGGAAAGCGUUACCUGUCAUCGACACUCAACACCCCUCGAAGGGACCAACAAGCCCUUUGAAGGAGUCUGCUGUUAAUUCUGAAGCUUCCAAUCCAGUCCAUCAGACCAACUCGCUUCCUCCUCGAAUGGAGGAUGGCAGGGAUGAGUCAUUCAUUCCUGACUCCGACGGAGAAUUUUUGAUGCCCCCUUCCCAUAAUAGCUCAAUCGCCAUCUUGGACGUCUCUACGAUCAAACCAGCACAAAUUUGUACUCCUGCAGGGCCGACAGCUAUGCCUGCAGUCCAGCCAGGCUUUGCUUCGCUCUCCCAACGCCUCAUUACUCCAGGAAUAGCCGCCCCUGGAGUGCGUGCCAUCGCGUCAAACAGCUCGCAGACCGCCAAGGCUACCCCUGAAGGUUCUUUCAAUGAACUUCCUAGUAAAACCCUUCCCGAAUCAAGUCAAACAUCGUUUCUUCUGAAUCAGUUGAGUUCUCAACCAUCGACCUUGACUAAAUGGAGUGAGUUCAUGGACAAGCUCAUUCAGCAAAACGAUAAGAAUUUCAUAAGAGCGAUUAACGAGCGCUUGCCGAAGGAGAAGCGAAGUGAGGUUAAGUCAGAAAAAGAGCGAUUGUUACGACAACAGAAGGCCUUCAAACAACUCACUGCCCCAACGGAUGAGUAUAGGACACUUUGUAGGAAACGCGAAGAGCUUACCCAAGUCAUUACUCAAGCCUACGCCCAAGGCCUUGACACGGAUGAGGACGAAGUUCGACUUGAUGACCUCAUCGAUGAAAUCCAAGCGGUGGAGCAUGUCCUACUCAAAACAAUCGAUGGCACUGGGCUAGAUGUAGCUAGAUUCCUUGGGGCUGUCCAGAAACCAACGCAUGGUCGCCCUCCUGCAUCAGUCAUUGUGAAGGACACUCGACCAAUGUUUCAAAAGAGUGCCAACAUGUCUAUGAUGUCGAAUAUUGCCAUACUAGCCAGUGAGAUGGGUACGCGAGUCGUUCAUGAGACUCAGCUGCCCAAUGCUUCUCAGAACCUGCAGUACCCAGCAACAUCAAGGAUUGAGGCCUCGCAAAAGACGAGUGCUAUCUCCCAGGAAAACAACGCUGUUGGGGCUCCUCUUUUCCCGAAAGACACCGCAAAACCCUCAAAUGCACCUUAUCAGUCAAGACCGGCGACGAGACCAUCAAUGGUGGAUCCCAUGCCUGUGGAUACAGAAUUUGGUGUCGGUGACGACGGCUUCUCUGAUCUGGAUGAACUCCAGCUCCAGCCAGUGCUCAAAGCUGCGAGAAACUUGGUACCAGGCAGAGGAAGUCCGCCUCAAGCGACACAUCGUCGCCCUGGCGAUGAAUUCAGUGACUUCAGCGACGAUGAGGAGAUGCUUGCUUUUGCACAGGAUUAUGAGACCCGUCAGUCCCACGUUCCCAUUUCGCAAGACUUUAGAGAAGUCGUCUCGGAGACAACUGGUAAUGCUGGAGCUGUUGCAAAGCCUCGAACCUCAUCAAAGAAGCUAUUGACGUCAGUAGCGCCAGAGUCAAUCCCUGACGAGCUGAUGAAACAUCCGUGGUCACCUGAAGUUCAAAGGAUGCUCAAAGACCGGUUUAGAAUGAAAGAAUUCCGCCACAAUCAGCUUGAGGCUAUCAAUGCAACAUUGGGAGGUAAAGAUGCCUUCGUUCUUAUGCCAACGGGUGGCGGCAAGUCUUUAUGCUAUCAAUUACCGGCCGUUAUCGGAACUGGCAAAACUCAGGGUAUCACCAUUGUGGUGUCGCCCUUGCUCAGUUUGAUGCAAGAUCAAGUUGACCACAUGAAAGCUCUAGGCAUUCAGGCUGUCGCUUUCAAUGGCGAGUACUCUGCCGAAUAUAAGAGACAGGUUAUGACUGCUUUCGAGAAGAGAAGCCCAGAGGACUACAUCGAGCUCCUGUAUGUUACCCCUGAGAUGGUGAGCAAGAACACUACCUUCAACAAUGGGAUGCGAACCCUGCAUCACAAGGGUAAACUUGCACGCAUCGUCAUUGAUGAGGCUCACUGCGUCAGUCAAUGGGGCCAUGAUUUCCGGCCAGACUACAAAACUUUGGGCGAAGUCCGCCAGAGAUACCCUGGAGUGCCGGUCAUGGCUCUCACAGCCACCGCGACACAGAACGUCAUCGUCGACAUCAGGCACAAUCUCGGAAUGGACAACUGUCAAACGUUCUCACAAAGCUUCAAUCGUACAAAUCUACACUACGAGGUUCGCGGAAAGACAACGAAUGCCAAAUGUAUGGACGAGAUCGCGUCGCUGAUCAAGUCCAAAUAUGCGAAUCAGAGUGGGAUUGUCUACACGGUCUCACGAAAGAACGCAGAAAAAGUUGCGGAGAGUCUUUCGAUCCAAGGAAUCACCGCCAGGCAUUACCACGCAGGCCUCGAUCCCCAGGAGAAGGUUGAGGUACAAACUUCCUGGCAGCAGGGCCAGGUCAAGAUUGUCGUUGCAACAAUUGCGUUCGGCAUGGGCAUCGACAAGCCAGACGUGAGGUUUGUCAUACACCACGGACUUCCAAAAACCUUGGAAGGAUACUAUCAGGAGACGGGUCGCGCAGGCAGAGACGGAGAACCCUCCGAUUGCAUUCUUUUCUAUGGCAAACAGGAUAUAAGGAUCCUGAAGAAGUUGAUCGCUGAUGGUGAGGGUAACAAUGAGCAAAAGGAGCGCCAGAUGACUAUGCUUAACCGUGUCACGGCAUUUUGUGACAACAAGUCUGAUUGCCGUCGGGUUGAAAUUCUUCGCUAUUUUGGCGAGGACUUUAGUGCAGCACAGUGCCGCAAGACUUGCGACAAUUGCAAAGCUGGUUUGAUCUUUGAGCAACGAGAAUUUUCUGAGUAUGCCAUUGCAGCCAUCAGGGUUGUUCAGGCGCAGAGGAGGAUUACUGCGGUGCAAUGCGCCGACAUCCUCAUGGGGAGGAAGUACCCCCCUUACGAGGCACGUCGCUCAGAUGACUGGUAUGGAAUGGCAAAGAGCCUUAAGAAGCAUGAGCUGGCUCGAGUACUAGAUAAGCUGUUAGCCGAGAAGGCAUUUCAUGAGAACAACCAAGUCGGACAUCAUGGCAUGGCAAUCCAGUAUUUGAAACUCGGAUCGACAUACCGUCUAUUUCUCUCAGGGCAACGGAAGCUCAUGUUAUCGGUUCAAGUACCGGAAGAGGGCGCGAAUAACAAGCCUUCCAAGCCCCGGUCAAAGCAAGCCAGUAAGAAGCCGAAGGAUCAGGAUGUCACCGCCAUGCCGUCGCCAGACGAGUCUUUACCUGUUGGACGACGGAGAAAGAAAUCUCCUACUGUGGAAAGCGACGAUGAGAAUGGCGCCAUGACAUUGAACGGCUAUGCGAAUGAUGGGUUCAUGGUAAAUGAUAACGAGGAUGAAGAGGCCUUUGAAGAGAUGCCUGAACACCAACCACUGAAGCCGCUCUCGCGGUCGCCUGGGCUUCCAAUAUCCAUCAGUGCCGAGUUGGAAGACUUGAACGAAAUACACCGGGAUAUUGUCGACGGUUUCGUCCGGGAAGCAAAGCUAGCAGGGGAAAAAAUCCGAAAGCGGGAAGGGCUCAGAUCACCACUGUUCACCGAGAAGGAGCUUCAGGUCAUGGCCAUACAGUGGACAACUUCUCUUGACAAGAUGUCUAAGAUUCCAGGCAUCCAGCCUGUCAUGAUUCAUGGACCGGAGAUUCUACUUAUCUUGUGGAGAUACUACAGCGGUUACCGUGAGGUCAUGGAUCCCAAGCGCUCUGGAGGUAACGGCCAGGAGAUUGUGGAUCUGCUAAGUUCGGACGUCGAGAUGGGUGACGAUGCCUACGAGGACGAGGAUGGGGAGGAUUCUCCCUACUUCAACACCAAUAAGAACGCCGAUAUUCGGGCCUCUCCGAGCAUUUAG